AUGGCGUCCGUAGACGCGACCAUGAAGGCCAUCAACGAAGCUUGCCGAUCUAAAGGCGGCCACUACGCAACCUACAGUUGCAAGGUGGUCUCCUGGGAUGAUGUCAGUCGCGGGACCGUUGGCGGCUCCUUGUCUUGCUGGGGAGCGAACAUCACCGACACCUACCUCAAGAGCAAGAGUGGGGCGCGCCUCUUCACCGUACGCAGCGACAACUGGAACGAAAAGCUGGGCGUCGUCUCUGCGGAUGAGGUGGCUGUUGUGGCCUCCCGCACCGGUGGCCCAUUGCAGCCAGCGACUCUGCGGAGCGUGUUGCAACAAAUGGGCGCAUACGGCAGCUACGCCGGCCUGGAAGGACAGACCGACCUCUCGAACCGAAACUUAGACGCUCAGUGCUCCAUCCGCUUCCAGACAACCUUCAUUCCCGUGGAGGAAUCCUCCGAUGGCAAGGGAAAGCUCGAGUUUGCGACAGAGGCUUACAACUACAACACCACCAGCGACUCAGAUCCUCGCAACCUCGUGCUGCUCUGCACAAGCCAAGGUAUGGCUGUGCAACAGGAUGGGCGCGGCUCGAAGAAACUUUUCCACCAUGCUGUUGAAUCGAGUGGCAAGAUUCACCGCUAUUGGCUGGAAGCAGAAGAGAGCGCACACAAGGUUGGUGGUGAACAGCGGGAGACGGACAAGGAGCGCGCCGAUGCCCUAGCUCGCGGCAAGGCCACUUCCAGCGUCAUCGGCGUCCGGGCCAUGGGACAGCGCUUUAACGUGCUGAUGACCAUCCAGGUCCCUCUGCAGCAGCAGCCUCGGCCACCACGUAGUGCCAAAGGUGGAGGUCUCCUGGCGGGUUUUUCCCCCUUCUCGAUGUUCAGCAGCAGCAACUACAGCUACGGUGGGGCGUCGUUGGAGGGCUGCAUGGACGACGAGUUGGAAAUGGAUGCCUUGACCCAGAUUGGGCAGCUUGAGGCCAAAUGCCAAAGCUUACGUGAGUGCAGCAGAAGCCUCAGAAGCGCCCCGGCGCCGAGAGGGCGCAGCAGUGCCGCCCGGGUCUCGCGUGGCACGGAGCACGACGUCUGGAAAGGCUUGUCCAUCAAGUCGCCCAAGCGAAAUGACACCGAGCACGUGACCGUCACCGUUGUGAUGUACAAUGCUGUCAAGGGGGGUGUGCCGACGCCCGAGGAUGUCGCGGCAGCCAUCGACGAUCUCGAGGGUCUCUACCGCGCCUGUGCCGACAGCGGUCGCCUGGCAGAAACCAAGUUCGACUUCAUGAAGGAGCAGCUGAAGGUUGAUGAUGUCAUCAACAUCGCAACGAAGGUUGCAUUCCAACCUCCUGCGGUGGACGUCGUCCAGCACGAUGUGUUUCCUGCCGCUUAA